AUGCUUAAUAGAAUAUCGAAGUGUUAUGAACUUUUUAGUAAAAUUGAUAAGUAUAUAGAAGUAGUUAAUGGACUUAAUGCUUCGGUUAAUAUAAUAUUUAGAGAUUCUUCACAAUUUGGGAUUGUUCCUGGAGUUGGGAUGGCUCCUGGAGUUGGGGUGGCUCCUGGAGUUGUAGUGCCUGCUAGUGUUGGUGUGGCUCAUGGAGUUCAUAUUCCUUCUGUAGAUAAAAUUUCUAGUUAUUGUAAUUCCCAUUCAGGCAAGGUUUCUUUGAUUAACAGUUCAUGUAUAGACAUAUGUAAGAAAUUUAUUGCGCUCAUUGAAAAUAUUCCAUAUGUUAAGUUGAUUAAUUUAAGUGAAAAUGAUCAUGAAAUCGAUUGUAGAUUUUUAAAUUACUGGUUAAAUGAUAUGUUACAAAGCAAAAACCAAAUUAGCUCUUCUAAUGUCAAAUAUUUUUAUGAAGAAUUUAAGAAACAUUUUAGUACAUAUAGAGCAGAUUUUUUAUCAAAAUGUAAAAUAAUAGGUAUGGAAAAUGAUGUUCUUAAAAAUAUGAAUACGUUAUAUCAAUUAUAUAUUUAUAAUAGUGAACUUUAUUCUUAUUUAUUUUCUGAUUCAAGUGAUGAUGGAAGUCCAUGUUCAAAUUGUAUAAACGGUUGUAUCAGUACAUAUAAUGAACUUAAGGAUAAGUGUCCUGGCAAUGAUAACAAUUUUUGUGAUGCUCUAGGAAUAUUUACAGAUAAGCUGAAGUAUAAUAUUUCUAAUCCUAUUUCAAAUAAUUGCGAUAAGGAACUUUUGAAAAAAUUAUCAAAUGCAUUAGAGAUAUCAGAAAAUUUUUCUGCUUUAUCAAAAAUAGCAUUUGGAAGGAUAAAAUUUGUGAUAUUAACAGCUUUAUCAAUAUUGGGCGUUUUAUUUAUAUGUUUGUAUAGUUUCAAGUACACACCUUUUGGAAUAAGUAUAAGUAGUAUAAUACGAGGGAAAAUAAUAGAUAGAAAAAAUGUGCAAAAUAAAAUUAAUAAUUCAAACAUUAAUAAUUCUGAGAAAUAUAGAAAUGAUUUAAACAUUGGAGAAUAUAGAAUAUUAUACUAA